AUGGUGUUCCGGUUCACUACGAUGGAAGAUCUGGAGAUGCUGCGGGAGCUGAUUCGUCAGAAGCCAUUUGCUGCGAAGCGCGGUUCGACACUGGAGAUCUGGGAUAGUGUUGCUGCAGCUUUAGGCUCCGCCUUGAAAAAGGAGAUAAAAGUGAAGCAGAUCCGCGACAGGUUAAAUCUACUAAAAACUCGCUUCAAGGAAAAGGAGCAGCUAUCGGCGCUGGCAAGUGGUGUUGAAGAGUCCAUCCACGCGGUUAACGUCCAGACACACUACACAGACGUUGAUGGGUUGAUCCGGGAGUAUACGCAGCUUGAACGGCUCCACCAUGAUACUAAAGCAGCUCAGAAAAUUUCUAAAGAAAAGAAGGAGGAAGAUCUGGCUAAGUGCGCUGCUGCUAUAGUUGACGAAAGCCGUCGUCGUCGAGCCUACCGCGACGAUACCUCUUUCUACAGUGACUCUGAUGACUCCAGUGACGCUCAAAGUGUUGUGUCGGGGGCUGAAAGCACAGUAUAUACCGGUUCUAGCAAGGCGAAACAACAAGGGGUUAAGCGCUCGAACGCGUACUUGACGGAAAUCAAAAGACAAGACAAGAAGUACAAAGAGCAAUUGGAUUUAAAGCACCGUGAGCUCGAGCAGGGACAAAAACAAUUUGAAGAAAGGCUGGAAUUUGAGAAGAAACAAGCUGAAGACAGACUUCAAUUUGAGCAACAUAUUCAACAAAGCAAUCGGGAGAUGAUAUUGGAGUGCGCUAAGAUUUUUGGGGCUGCUUUGGCUAAGAAGUGA